AUGCAAGCAGUCAGUUCAUCCCUCAGGUCUCUGUUUGUCUCCCAGUGGUCCUCCGAUGUGUCCCUGGAGGGAAAGACAGCCAUCGUGACGGGGGCUAACGUGGGCAUUGGAAAAGAGACGGCCAAGGACCUGGCCAGCAGAGGUGCCCGGGUGAUUUUGGCGUGCAGAGACAUGGCCAAGGCAGAGCAGGCCGUCCGUGACAUCAUGAGGGAAGUGGAGGGGGCCAGGGUGGUCGCCAAGCAACUGGAUCUCGCCGACACCAAGUCGAUCUGCCAGUUUGCCGAGAACGUCUACAACAGUGAAAAGUAUCUUCACUUCCUGAUCAACAAUGCAGGCGUGGCUAUUUGCCCUCAUGCCACGACGCAGGAUGGAUACGAGUUGCAGUUUGGAGUCAAUCACUUGGGCCAUUUCUUCCUGACCUUCCUGUUACUCGACCUGCUGAAGCACUCUGCCCCGGCCCGCGUCAUCAACCUGUCGUCGGCGGCUCACGCCAUGGGCAGGAUCCACUUCGAAGACCUCAGCGGCGAGAAGGACUACCACCCCGUGCGGGCGUACGCUCAGAGCAAGUUGGCCAACGUCCUGUUCACCAGGGAGCUGGCCAAGAGGACCGAGGCCUUUGGUGUGACGACUUACUCCGUGGACCCCGGGGUGGUGAACACUGAAAUAACCAGGCACAUAAGGCGCCCUCUUCUGGACGUAAUAAAGACCAUCAGUAUGGUGUUCAGGACCCCUGCAGAGGGGGCCUACACCACCAUCUACUGCACCGUCACCCCUGAGAACCUGCUGCACACAGGAGGAUACUACAGGGACUGUGCCAGUGCAAAGAGCUGCCGGGCCGGUCAGGAUGAUGGCAUUGCCUCAAAGCUGUGGGCCGUGAGCUGCCACCUGCUGGGCAUCUGCUGGAGAUAAACUUGCAGAGUUUUAAAUAUGCACACAUGCUCUCCUCCUAUAUGCCAUGAAUCAAUAUCCCCGCGCUCAUAGAGUGACAACGUCGAUGCCACCUAUGUGAAGUUAUUGGUUUUGCUGAAUGCUGAACAUGUGACGGGGUGGAUGGACCAACUGGACUGAAGCGUCUGAUCGGUAAAAGUCAUGUGUGAUGAAAGCUACAAAUAGAUUGUGGAGAAGGAGAAAGGUCAGAGCCGCUGAUAAUAAACA